UUGAGGGAGAUGAACAUUCCAGUACAGGCGAAAGCGAGAAUGAAUCGGGAGGAGAAGAGGAAGACAGGAGGAGAGUUAAGGGCAGAGAGCCAGUGCUUACAAAGUUUGUGGAGAAGGAUACCGAUAUCGAACACUUUUUGACAGGCUUUGAGCGGAUCGCAAGUGCAUAUUGUUGGCCAGAUGAGCAGUGGGUGUUGAAGCUGGUCCCGCUACUCACCGGGAGGGCAUUAGCAGCAUAUGCAAAUAUGGAUCAAGAGGCAGCAAAGAGUUACAAGGAGGUGAAGAAGGCCAUUUUGCGAAGAUUCGAUAUUAAUGAGGAGACAUCAUGUACAGACAGAGAUUUCGGUCGGCUAAGAAGACAAGUGCCCAGAGCUAUGGAGAGUUAGGAGUAAAACUGAAAGAUCUAUUUAGGAAAUGGACAGCAUCAGCAAAGACAAUGUGGAACAAUUGACAGAAUUGAUGGUGAUGGAACAAUUGUUAAACACCAUGCCAACCGAGAUACAGGUAUGGAUUUGACAGAAGAAACCAAGAACCGUGGAAGAGGCAGCUACCCAGGCUGAUGACUAUGUUUUGGCAAGACAAGGAAUGAAGAACACCGAGAGAAGAUGUCAUGGAUGCGGAGAACUUGGACACCUGUAUCGAGAGUGUCCAAAGGGAGAAAAGGGGGAGCAACAGGCAGGAGCCGGAGGAAGUCAAUCUAAGAAGACGGACCCAAGGAAGUGUUUCAAAUGUGGAAACGUGGGACACAUUGCAGCAAAAUGUACCCGAAAUCGUGGAUAUUACAUGAAGUCAUGGCAGACCAGGACAAGGAGUACUAGUGGCAAGAUAGGGGACAUCGUGUGCUGGGGGAAGAUUGAAGGAGUUCCAGUGGAGAUGCUAUUGGAUACUGGGUGCUCAUACACCCUGGUACAGACACAAUUGAUUCCGGACAUUUGCUUAAUUGAGGGAGAAACUGUCUUGGUUCAGUGUGCACAUGGGGAUAUAACAGAAUAUCCUGUUGCAGAAGUAUCAAUGGUGAUUGAAGGAGUCGAGAGAAGAAUGAGAGUUGGAGUAUCGGACAGCCUACCAAGACCAGUACUAGCAGGGACAGAUCUAAUGAGAGUAUUUGGGAAGAAGAGAGUAGAAGAUUGCAUGGUGAUGACUAGGAGUCAACAGAAAGAGGAGCAGAGACAAAAAGAGGAAGUUGAAAAGAAAGAGAGAGAGAGUGGAGCAGUGGCCAAGCAAUUGCUGGAAGACACAACAGAGAUUGAGCAAGAUGGGAUGGAUACACUACAUGAAGAUCUUUUUUCCAGACCUGGGAAAACUAGGAAGACAAGGUCACAGAAGAAGAAGGGAAAAAGAGAAUGGAUACUUAAGAACAGUAUGGUAGGACAGAAGGAGCUACCAUCUGGAAAAGAGGAACUGAGGAAGAUGCAAGCAGAGGAUGAGACUUUAGUGACAAUUGGGAAGCAAGCUGAUGGAUUGCUGGAAAGCUUACCUGGGGUCAAGUAUGUAAGGAAAGAGGGACUACUCUACCGAUGUAGCAGUGUCAAAGGGGGGACAGAGCAAUUGAUUUUACCUGUAGGAUGUCGGAGGAAGGUGCUACACUUAGCACACACAAUACCACUGGGAGGACAUUUGGGUCAAAAGAAGACUACUGAUCGAGUGAUGAAACGAUUUUUCUGGCCAGGUGUAACGCAGGAUGUAAAGAAGCACUGUCAGACUUGUCCAGAAUGUCAGCGGACAUCGGGGAAGCGGUUUACACCUAAAGCACGGAUGAGGAGUUUACCAAUUAUUGAUACACCUUUCCGGCGGAUUGCCAUGGACAUAGUUGGACCAUUGGAGAAGAGCAGAAGGGGAAACAAGUAUAUUCUGGUGGUAUGUGAUUAUGCCACCAGAUAUCCGGAAGCUUUUGCGUUACGAAGCAUUGAUGCAGGGACGAUAGCAGAGAAGUUGGUGGAGCUAAUGUCAAGAGUGGGACUGCCGGAUGAAAUACUGACUGAUCAGGGAUCUAAUUUCACAUCAAGGCUACUAGCGGAGGUUUAUGGGAUGUUGAGGAUUAAGGGAAUACGGACUACACCAUAUCAUCCACAGACUGAUGGAUUAGUGGAACGGUUUAAUGGUACAUUGAAGAGAAUGCUACGCAGUUGCACUAGUCGGAACCCAAAGGAAUGGGACACGCUCUUACCAUACUUGCUAUUUGCUUACAGAGAAGUACCGCAGGAAUCAACUGGAUUUUCUCCGUUUGAGCUUUUGUAUGGUAGGGCAGUAAGAGGACCAUUGGAUGUACUGAAGGAGAGCUGGGAGACUAAAGAGGAUCAUGCAGAGGAUAUUGUUGCCUAUGUCACGGAGAUGAGAAGUCGUCUGGAAGAAAUGUCGGAGUUGGCAAGGGAGAACCUCAAGAGGUCCCAAGGGAAACAGAAAGUGUGGUAUGACCGAAAGGCAAGGGAUCGGAAGUUUGGACCUGGAGAUAAAGUACUUGUAAUGCUACCAUCUAGUACUCAUAAAUUAACAGCAGAGUGGAAGGGGCCAUUCAAGAUCAUACGAGCAGUUGGAGAAGUGAACUAUGAAGUGGAGAUUGGACGUGGACAGAAGACAAAAAUAUUUCAUAUAAAUAUGUUGAAGCAGUGGAGAGAAGCAGAUGAAACAAGUUACAUGAUAGGAUGCAUACAUGAAGAUCAGGAGUGGAGAUUCCGAAUCCAGUAUAAAAGAGGGAAAGACAAUGGUAACGCUGAUGGACUAUCACGAGGGCCUCUGAGUGAACAACGAAGUUGUUCAUCUGAAGCGGAGGGAGAUGUGAUAAAUUGUACUUAAUAAUGUGUUGUGGUUUAUGUUGAUUUUUCUUGUGUAAUGUAUGUGUAUACUUCUAGAUUAUUCUGGAAUGUAAUUAUAUGUACUAUAAGUUCUGUAAUGUUCUAGAACCUACUAGUUAGCAAUUAUUAUAUGUCAGGUAUUCUGGAUUUUACUAGAACCCUUAUGAUUUGUGUAUAUAAGUACGGUUAUUUUGUUCAAAGAGUUAGUUGGUUGAUAUCUGAA